CAACAGAGGACAGGGACCAGGUGAAUGAGCAACAACAACUUUCGAAGGCGUUUGGGGACAUUUUAAAAAAGAAAGACACUCUCGGAGUUUCAGGAUGAACACGACCCUGAGGCACUGGAAGGAGGCGGCCACGCUCAUCUUAGCCGCCGGCCGCAGGCUUGCUCCGGCCGGGUUGACGUCCAGGACCCCGGAAGCUCCAGGUCCCCCGGAGGCUCCAGGUCCAUGUCCCCCGCUGACCAGCAGCUGUGGACCGGCCCACCUGCCGCACACGUCCGCCUUCGACUACGACGUGCUGCUGCUGAAGCGAAGCAGUAAAAGCGGAUUCAUGCCCAACGCGUACGUGUUCCCCGGCGGUAAGGUGGACUCCUCGGACUUCUCCAGUGAAUGGCUGGACAUCUUCCAGUCCUUCAGGGACUCUCCCAGCUUCGGACUGGGAAGCGUCACCCAGCCGGUGGAGAGCAGACCCCGGAUGUUCGCCACGGACCGGCUGCACCUGGGCUCUCCGGUCCCGGGGGAGGUGGCCUUCCGGCUCUGCGCCCUGAGGGAGACCUUUGAGGAGUGCGGGGUUCUGCUGGCUGUGUCCAAACAGGAAGAGAAGGGUCUGUUACUACAAGGCAAAGAGGCCAGGAGGGCCAGGUGUGAAGUGAGCGGGUUGUGCAGCAGCGAGCUGAGCAGGUGGAGGACUCUGGUGCUGCAGGACUCCUCCAACUUCCUCCGGAUGUGCAGGGAGCUGCAGCUGCUGCCCAACAUAUGGGCUUUGCACGAAUGGAGCAACUGGCUGACUCCUGUGGCCGGAUACAGCGCCGCGAGGUUCGACACAGCUUUCUUCAUCUGCUGCCUGGGUGAGACCCCCCAGACCCUGCAGGACGAGAGGGAGAUCGUGCGCUGCCAGUGGUCCACACCAUCAGAAGUCCUGCAGAGGUACCAGGCCCAGGAGUUCUGGAUCGCCCCCCCACAGUUCUACGAGCUGAGCCGCAUGUGUCGCCUCCCCUCGCUGAACGACCUCCACAACUUUUCCAGCCAACGUGCCACUCAGGGCUGCGAGCACUGGAUGCCCGUAGUUGUCCAAGAAGAUAAACACCACAUAUCAGUGCUUCCAGGUGACAAACUUUACCCGUCGGACACUUCAGGAAAGACUCAGGUGGAAACAAGCACAGAGCCUCAGCGGGAGGAACCUCAGGACAAUUCUGCACUGCACCGUAUGGUGAUAUUGAAUCCAUAUUCGACAACUCUACAGAUCAACAUCAAACCCAAGUACAACCACCUGCUGCCAGUCAUCAAGCCAACCUCGGCUCAUGACCCUAAAAGUCAGCUUUGACCUGUGCUGACGGCCCUCUGUGCACAGUAUAAUGACCAGAAACUUAAUGAAACAAAACAGGUUUAAUAUUUGUAUUGUUAAGCCUUUUCAUUUACACUAUCAACCUCAAGUGUUCCUAAUUAUUGCGUUAGAUUGUAAUGUGUUUCUUUUAAUCUGGUUCUGUUGUUUUUUUCCAUCUUAUUGCUAAACCAAGAACCCCAUGUAUGUCUUUCAUUCGUCUGGUUUCACUGACCUGAACUGUAUUUCGGGCCUCCUUAUCAGAAGACCUUAAUAUGAUGUGAGAAAAAUGUAUCAAUUGGUUGAUAACUGAUUUUGGUGCUAAAGCAAAGGUGAGGGGAGAAGAGAAGUAUUACAUGUGCAAUGUAGAAAUUCCCUGUGAAAUGUUCAUUUAUAAGUGUCCGUCUGGUCAUGAUUAAUUUAUCUUUGUUCGAUUCAACUAAGCAAUCAAAUGUAGGCUGUAUUUAUCAAGUAGGAUAGACAGUCUCUGUUUUAAAACCCAGAGUGGUCACACGGGAAGUGUGGAACAGUGAAAUGAUUCCAUUGAUCUAUAAAACAAUCUUUUGCCUUUUUUAUUAUUUAUAUGUCAGGAUGGUUUAGGAUUGACGGCUCUGGAGAGGGAGAGAAGUUCCAGGUUCUCUGAUGCUCCAACACAGAGAGCCUGACAGGCCAGGGAGGAGAAAUAUAAAGAAUUGACACACAGUUUAUAUGCUUGUGUUUAUGUGCCUUACUGUACACAGGACCUCGAAUCUAAGGUUUUACCCAGAUACUGAUGGGUUGGUUCAUUAAAAAAUGUUUUUGUUUGAUUAAAGGAGCUCAAACGUGACAGUCGGAUCUCAUGUUGUUGUUUACUGUGUUGAAGCUGUUAUCGACCCCCCCCUUGCUGUAUCUUGAAAUGUCAAGGUCUCACAUGGAUUUCACGUUGUUUUCUGGUCAGAGGUGUUCUUACUUUCCUUCUCGCUACGAAGAAAACAUUAUUAUGCAACGGUUUUAUUCUGACCAAAUUUAGCUUGUAACCAUAGAAACAGGUUGUCUACUAAAUAUAUGAAAAGGGUUUUUAGAGACGACCCUUGCAGCCCAGAGGUGACGUGUUGGUGUGGUCCCUCUCAGUCAGAGUGCUCAUGUCAGCGGUGGAGGCUCUGCAGGGCGUCACCCUCUCCUGUGGCUGUCUUCCCUGCUUACAGCUGGGCCCAUGGCAAAUUAAUGACUCAUAAGGAAUAAUCUCUCUCAUAUUGGUUUUACCCUGUGUAUGCCAUUCAUACAUGUAUUUAUAAUUGAACGCAAGUGCAUUAAUUAUUCAUUUGCUUGUUUCACUAACAUCUCAAACUGCUUUGGGGGAUUUGUGAUACAAUUUAUGUUGGUUUGUUUAUCACGUGUGAAGGCUUGACAACUUUUCUUGUCUACUAUCACACGUCAAGAUCAAAAAUCUUGUUAUGAUUAAUGUCACAUUAUUAU